AUGUAUCGCCCUCCUAUAAACUUUCUCACUUUGCAUUAUGCGUACAUCAUCUUCAUGGGCUUGCUGGCCCUGCCAAUUCUGUAUCCCUAUGGGAACAUGGAUGCUAUUGACGCGUGGUUCUUUGGAGCCAGUGCGUCAACUGAAUCUGGAUUGAACACCAUCGAUGUCAAGGCGUUGAAGACGUAUCAGCAGCUUUACAUUUACUUCAUUCCUAUUUUGACGAACCUCGGCUUCAUCAACAUCAUCGUUGUUGUCGUGCGUCUUUAUUGGUUUAAGCGACACCUGAAACGUCUUGCACCGCAGAUGGUCGAUCGCCGAAGCGAGGACGUUGAAGAUGCCUACGAUGAAUCGAAGCUCAAGACCGACACCACCGGCAAAUCGACAGUAGAUACAAGUAUCCCUGUUGGGACAGAAGGCGAGGCAACAGAACGAGAUGAGCAGAGGCCGGUCGCUCGUACCACAACUAUCUCGUUCGAUCCCUCUUCCGAAGCACAUACAGGAAACACCACUUUAUACAUCCCAGGCCCUCGUGCUCGCGAACAUGGACAACCCAUCGUCGCAAAAGCCCAUGGCGAUGACCAUUACGACGAAUCCGAUGACGAAGACAGAAUCAAGCCCGUACCCAGCACAGCAUCCGCUCCCGCAACAUCCAUGCGUCGCCGUCGCCGUCUAAGCAACGACGAUCUUCAAAUCACGGCCGCCAAAUCCAUCGACCGCGUCGCCAACGUCGCUGCCUCGCUCCUAAUCCUCGGCUCCCAAACAACACGUCCUCGAUCCGUACACUCAACCUCCCAACAAAAACAACAACUUGAGGUCCCUUUCCUGUCGCGUCAGGCUACCAUCGGAAGAAAUUCGCAGUUUAAGAAUUUGACUGAGCAUGAUCGGGAGGUACUUGGUGGUAUUGAGUACAGGACUUUGAAGUUGCUUCUCAAGAUCGUGACUUGUUACUUCUUUGGUCUUCAUCUCUUUGGAGCUAUUUGUCUCGUCGGUUGGAUUCAUACCGCGAACUCCAAGUAUACCGAUGUUCUUGAUGCCGCUGGUCAAGACAAGACAUGGUGGGGUUUUUACUCUGCCCAAACCAUGACGGAUAAUCUUGGCUUCACCCUAACACCCGACUCAAUGAUCUCCUUCCGCGAUGCCAGAUGGCCCAUGAUCCUGAUGAGUUUCCUCGCCUUUGCCGGAAACACUCUCUACCCCGUCUUCCUCCGGCUGACAAUCUGGAUCAUGUCUAAAAUCACACCCAAGAACUCCACAACCCAGGAGUCCCUCACGUUCCUUCUCAACCAUCCUCGUCGAUGCUACACUCUUCUCUUCCCUAGUGGUCCAACAUGGAUUCUAUUCGGAAUCAUCUUCGCUCUCAACUUCGUUGACAUCCUUCUCAUUAUCCUCCUCGACCUGAAUAACCCAGAAGUAUCAUCUUUGCCCCUCGCCGCGCGUAUUCCUGCGGCUAUCUUCCAAGCUGCUUCAGCGCGUCACACCGGUACAGCUUCAUUUAAUCUUGCAAAUGUCAACCCGGCUGUGCAGUUGAGCUUGCUUGUUAUGAUGUACAUUGCCAUCUUUCCCAUCGCGAUCAGUAUCCGUGCGUCGAAUGCGUACGAGGAGAAGUCGCUUGGACUUUGGGAACACGAGGAGUCGUUGAAUGAGCAGAACAGCAAAUCAUAUCUUAUGACGCAUAUGAAGAACCAGCUUGGUUUUGAUCUGUGGUACAUUUUCUUGGGAACAUUCUGCAUCUGCAUCGCCGAAUCGAAGAGGAUUGCAGAUGUCAAGGAUCCUUCAUUUUCUGUGUUCGCUAUCCUUUUUGAAGUUACUUCUGCCUAUGGUAAUGUCGGUCUAAGUCUCGGAUACCCAACCGUGGCCACCUCAUUGUGUGGCAUGUUUGGAGUCUUUGGCAAAGUCGUCAUCUGUUUCAUGAUGAUCCGUGGACGCCAUCGAGGUCUUCCUUAUGCCCUUGACCGAGCUAUCAUGCUUCCCACUGCACGAGUUUCGGAGAGUUCUGAGGACGCUUGA